AUGACUGCAACAUCAUUACAAACAGCAACAUUGACGGCCACCACUUCCUGCAGCGAUGUCAUCCAACCUUCAGUUUCAAGUACCCGCCACUCUUGGGCUUGCAACUGCUGUCACAUCUCAUUCGACAAUGGAACAGUACAGAGAGAGCACAUGAAGAGCUCCUGGCAUGUUUAUAAUCUCAAGCGGCGAAUUGCUUCAUUGCCCCCGAUAUCACUGGCCGUCUUCGACGGCCAAGUUCAACCCCGUUGCGAAGCCUCAGAAAGCACAAUUAAGGCAGCGAUAGUUGAUAAUAAAGAAGAAGAAGAUGAGGUUGUCUCGCCACGGCAGUGUCUCUUCUGUCAUCAGAGAUUUGACGGUGACGCCGAUGACUUCGAGGACAUGCUUGAGCACAUGUCCACUGCGCACGGCUUGUUCAUCGCCGACCACGACAGAAUAUCGGAUCUGGAGUCGUUCCUUGGGUAUCUGACCACCGAGGUGCGAGUGUGGCAUGAGUGCCUAUACUGCGGGACUACCAGGACUUCUACGUUGGCAAUUCAGAGCCACAUGAGGGAUAGUGCGCAUUGCAAGCUCAACUUCGACAGGGAACCCGAGCUCUUGGACUUUUGGGAGGAAAGAAGCGAUGAAGAUGGCAGCUCAUUGGGGCCUGUCAGGCCAGGUCUGGAAUGCGAGGAGGUCAAACCAAAGACCUCGAGAGUAUCUCACCAAAGGCGAGCCAAAGCGGCGAGAGUAAGAGGAGCACGUUUACUGUUACAAACUAGUGCAGCACCCAUGCUGCCUCCACGAGGACGCCAGGAGCAGAGCUGUCGUCAGCUUUCACGCAGGGAUGAGAUGGGCAUCCAGAACAUUGGGCCGCAGCAACGGCAUGCCCUUAUGAUGGCGGUCCAAAGAUCGCAAAAAGUAGAAGAGAGCGCUUCGCGGGCGAGCGAGUGGUCGUACGCCAGGAAGGCCAACAAGCAGAAGCACGAUCAGGCUCAUGGACCUCUGUCGUGGGCGAAGGGAGGCCUGCAUCAGCUGCUGCCAAGAUAG